AUGGCACCUCUCAGAAAGAACACAAUACAACAUUUUACACACCCAGAACAUUCAUUAACAGAGUAUGAUUCCAACACUGGAUAUCUAUGUGAUGGUUGCAAAAUCCCUGGCAUAGGUAAAAGAUAUCGCUGCCAUGGCUGCGAAUUUGACCUGCAUGAAUACUGUGGAACAUGCCCAACAAUUCUUUCUUCUUUUAUGCAUCCGUACCAUUCGCUCAAGCUCGUCGUCCGCAAGCCACAAGGCAAUCGCCAAUUCGACCGCAUCUGCAACGUCUGCUGCGAUUCUGUUGAAGGCCUUUUUUAUCGGUGUGAGAUUUGUGAAUUCGAUGUCCACCCUCUCUGUACUCAGUUGCCUGAAACUCUGCGCCAUGUCUUGCAUCAGAUAGCUUGUACGGUGGGAGACAAAAAGUCCCACAUCGAUGGACUUAAAGAGUUAUUUGAGGAUUUAGGGGUUGUUUGGUUACCGGUUGAUAAGGAUAAUAAUUUCGGGAUAGAGAUUGUAUUUAUUCCAUAUUUGGUUAUAAACCAAGCCAUAGUGGAGGCCGAAUCAUUGAUGGAUUUUAGGCAUGACAAGCAUGACAAAGGGAAAGUCAAAGAAUCAAUGUUUAACAAUGUCAAAGGUGGGGGAGACCGUGGCAAAGGCAAGGAGAUACAACAACAAUACUAUAAGAAUCAAGAUUCCAAAAAGUUGAGUGGCCGUCACGGCUAUGCCGAGAAGAAGGCGCAGGCCGAGAAGAAGGGAUGUUACAUAUGCGGAGGGCCGCACAGUUCAGGAAUUGUCCCGACCUAA